UGACAGCACGCCUCCACGCCUUUCUUUCUUGCUCUAGAUAAGAUUGGAAAAGAGGGGUUUUUUCAUGCGCACAGAAGUAUACUGAGGUUGCAAAACUGAAGACACGAAAUGAAUAAGGCGUUGUGUAUGCGUCAAACAAACUGCGGGGGUACUUCGCGGUGGGCAGUGUGCAAGGUGAAGGACUACGAGAGGGGCAGCAAAGGAUAGAUGGGUGAUGGAUGGGAUCUAGUUUAAUUAUCGUUAAUCUAAAAAGAUGCCUGUCGUCCGUCCCGCUUCUGAUCCAAGUUUCAUCGAUCAAAACAUGCGCCUAAGCGAUGGAAUCGGAUGAGCAGGAAAAAAACAAAAAGUGGAUGUGUGGGUGAGUGGGUGAGUGGGUGGGUGAGUGGCCCCAUGUGUUCAUCAUCAAGUCACAAAUUAAACAGGCGGUCCUAGCCACUUCAAAUUCUCCGAAGCUGAACCCACCUUCCCUCCUUGAUUCUCAACUCCGUGGUAUCACAUAUAGUAUCGCCUGCGGUACGACUUGUCCGCGACAUACAGUCCUGAUACACGGCAAUUGGAUUGUGCGACACGCCACGCUGAUCACGCUUCCUUCCCUUCCUUCCGUCAGAGUGUCGAUCUAUCGAAAAAUGUCUUGUCAGGGACGGGAACAGACGGGAAACAAAUCGAAGUGGCUGCUACAGAUGCGGUACAAGGGUACCGUUUUGGGCCCGCUACAUUCAGCCAAAUGCUUCCUUUGAGUAGGGAUAAAUUACCAAUGGAUUCUGUUCAUCAAACAAAAAGCAAAAGUAUAGUGCCGCGCAAAUAAUCCAAGGUAACCAUCACUUAACAAGUCUAGUACGGUAGUCGGUUACAUGGGCGCAGCAUGCUACUGAGCUUGCUUUUCGACCCACUCCCAUCACCAUUCUGUUUUGACAACGGCCGGAUUCUGUGGCGUACCGUGGUAACCGUCUUGCGCUCCAGAACCGGCGCUUCUUGGAGUGAUUGAGCCCCAGCGUCCGUCUGCGGGUCUAAUCAACGUUUAAAUGAUCACGCUUUGCUGUCCAACCGUGAAGAACGGUACGGCUGUUUGCUCACAUCUCAUUGAGUUGCAUAUGUGAUUCCACUAUUUUGCUUUUUCUUGACACUGCCGAACCGUCCGAUAAGGUUUUCAGGCUCGUUGGCUUGCACGUUCGUCACAUUCGUUCCACGGGGUAACGCAGCAGCAAGCAAGAGACAGGGUUCAGCACUGUUGCUGCAGCUUACAGUACAUACAGCUGCAGCUGAUUUGACCCAUCUGUAAGGGUCAACUCGUUUGCAUGUUGCUCGCGCGAUUUCGGGUCCCUCUCUCUUUUUGCCUUUUUAGAACUUGAAAUCUUAUCUACGGUAAACUUCCCCAGUUGCGCCCCUCUUUUGUCUUCCCAUCUUCUGUUACUUUUCCCUUUGGAUUUUUUUUUAGCUUUGACCAUAGGUUAGCGCUUGACCCUCCGUAAAGCUUCUUUGCCGAAGCGCAUCAACACCGUCGUCUGUCUUGUCGAGACGGGCAAGUUUCUCUGAAACCUCGACUUCAUGUCAAAAGUGUCUUCGGCUUUCAAGGUCACCAGACACUCAAAAUGAUUAUACUAACACAACCACCAGUCAUGGUGUAUGAGGACGAGCAUCCGCCCCCAUACCGCGUCUCCACCUUCAAUCGCAGCGAUUCCGUUCCUCGGAAAUGUGCUGUUCCAGUGCGAAAACCAUCCUUGCUGAGAACUCCAUCUCACUUGAGGACUUCUGAAGAGACACGGGCUUCGCGCCUCGCAUCUGCGCCUUGGGAGCUUACUCGUCGCAAGACUCGCUUGCAGUUACGACGUACGCAGUCGAGUCUGGAUCUCCCCAUGAACAUCUUCCGGAAGUUGCCUAGGGAGGUUUAUGAGUGCAUCUUGCUGCAGCUUGAGAACAUGCAUCUUGGGCGUGAUGGGCAAGGGUGUUCUCAGUGCUAUGUCAGGGAUCUUUACCAUCUCUGCUUGACGAGUCGAUCCUGGGAUAGGGUUGCGAAUCCUCGAAUGUACCGAGAUCUCUGGGUGCUAGGAUCCGACGAUAGUGCUUCACACAUGCAAGUCAAAAUCAUAGGGACCAGCAGGCUCAAGCUUCUAAGGCGAACGCUUCGUGAGCGUCCAACUCUAGCUCAGCUGGUACGAAAUCUGCAUAUGCCUGAUUUCCAGGAUCUCUAUCAUAAUGCCGCUAUCGAAAGAGAAGAGAUAGUCAAUUUAGUUGCCUCUUUGGUCAUGGCUUGUCCGAGGCUUGAACGCUUGAUUGGCUUCCAUAUCCCAUAUACACACUCCUGCGAUCGACUUUCCUACGCGCUCUCCACGCGUCCGAGUUUGAAAGAGCGAGUCUGGUUGCUUUCCGAAGAUGAUGGGGGAAUAGCUGAAGAUCAAUAUGAAGAUGACUCGACGGAAGACUACUACCAUGCAGCGACGGAUCCUACCGAGCGCUUUCUCGGAUUGAACUACAAUCACCCAGACUUGACGAGCUUGGUCUUACACCAGGAUUCAAUUCAUACAUCGCGCGAGCUCAACUUCCGCGCCAUCAUAGGCACACUGCGCCAAUUCCCUAAACUCCGCAAUCUUUCACUAUCUGGACUCUCCAAGACCGCCUUUUCAAACUUUACGCUGAACGCUCUCCCCACCGAUCUGGUCUCCCUCCGCCUCGAAAAUCUCCCAGGGAUUAACGACACGGGGCUCGAACGUUUCUCCACUUCACGAACCGUAAAAACCCUCCAAUCAAUCACCCUCAUCAACCUCGAAAUCUCCCGCUUAGAUAUCAUCUGCAACUUCCUCCACCCACGCCUCUCGAAACUCCACCGCUUUUCCCUCAUCCAAUACAGAACCCCACUGGUCACAUCAAACCGCGGGAUCUGGCUUCGUCCACACUUCCACUCCCCUACGCUUAAAUACCUCCACUGGGAAAUCCGUUCACAAGCCGGACCACCACCAUCCCUCACAACGCCAAACACCACCACCACCACCCUUGCAGAAGAAGAGGACCCUACAUCCCACUUAACCAACCUACUCCUAGCCACGAGCAUCAGAAAAGGCAUCUCCUUCCCUUCCCUCCAACGCAUCCGCAUCCCACACGACCCCUCGGGCCUCCUCCAAGCCCAAUGCAAACCCCUGACCUCCGCUCUCCUACCAUCAGACACACACCUCUUCACCACCACCUCUCCAUCCCCAUCCCCGCACUCCUCCCUCCAAUCCGCCUCGAAACCCAACAAUCAUAAACGCCUCCCCUCAAGAACAGACUCCCCAACCUCCCCCCUAUCCUCGAACCCUACCACACCGCUAAGAUCCUUCCCCCACCUAACGCGCCUCACGCCCUCCCGCUCCCGCCUCGCAGCCCAGUCCCGCAUCCUCGCCGCAAACACUCCCCGACAAAAACACCGCGCCGUCGAGUCCGCCGCUCCACCUCGCUCCACAAAACCACCUUCUUUCAUGGGACUCGGCGAGCCGAGAAGUAGGGUUGUGUAUGAUGUUCGUUCUGAUCGGGAGGCGCUGGGGUUGUUUGUCGGCGACGAGGAUGAUCAAGGGUAUGAGGGAGAGGGCGAUGCGUACGGGUUGCGCAAUGAAUGGGUUGUUGGGGUUGAGGAUUUAGUGGGGCGGUGGGAAGGCGGUGGUGAGGGGUAUGGGGGUAAUAGUGUGCGGAGGGGUUGUUGGGUCGUUGGACAUCAUCGUGGUGGGGAUGGCGGUGUUGGGGUGGGGAGAGUGAAUUGUGUAGGGGUUGAGGAUUUGUUUUGA